CCCGUGGCGUCAUCACGAGGCGACCGAGACGUCCUCGAGUGGUCACGCAACGUCAUCAUUGAGCGGCGAGCGACUUGGACUGCACAACAACAGCGUGCAGUAGCGAAAGCACGGGAGGCGUGCGUGCGUGCGCCCGCCCGCCCGCCCCAUGCUGGCCCGCCGGCCGCUCGUCGCCCCGGCCCUGCGAUCCCUGCUGACGAGACCUCGUUGGCGCCGUGCGGAGACCGCGAGGUCUCGGUCCACGAUGCCGGCCACCGCGGCCCCCGGUGGCCCCGUGCAGGAGUCGAUCCGAGAGAAGCUGACACGGGCCCUGGGCCCCGUGCACCUGGACGUGGUCAACGAGAGCGGGAUGCACGCGGUGCCCCGCGGAUCUGAGACGCACUUCAAGGUGGUGGUGGUGUCCGCGCAGUUCGAGGGCGUGUCUCUGCUCGCGCGCCACCGCCUCGUCAACGAGGCUCUGCGCGACGAGCUGGUGGGCUGUGUGCACGCCCUCUCCAUACAGGCGCGCACGCCCGAGCAGUGGGGGAGCAGCGGGGGACGCGUGGAUCCCAGCCCCCCGUGCCUGGGGGGCUCCAAGCGCGAGGGGCGGCACGGCGACGCGGGCCCAAGUUAGGGAGCGGCCACGGCCAACCGGGCAGUGGCGCGAGUGUGGUUGACGUGUACCAACCGCGCAAAUGGGACCUCCUGUCUGAAUUCCGCUCGCCCGCAUAGCCCAUUCAGCAACCCACUCAACCCUCUCGCCCAUUCGCUGACUCGCUCUCUCAUCCGCCCGCCCACUCGCUCGCUCACCCACCUGUCCGACUCAACCACUCUUUCACCCACUCAACCUACUCAAUCGCAUGACACACCUCCACCAAUCACUUUGUGGAAAGUCGGGCGUGGUUUUCCUUUGAACAGAAUGGGGCCCCCACCACGGCAAUGUGCACUUUCCACCACUGGUUAAGGGGCUGCUCGUAGAGAAGAACAGCACGCAGCACUCAGUGUGAGCGUGGAGAUCAUCACUGUGACAUCCACCGCAAAUUUUGCUGCUGGCAACAGGCCACUUACGCUCCCCCCGUCUAAGGACCCUUUUGUGCUUUUUUUGAAUUGACAACUCAAUUAAUAUUGUUCAUAAUAAUAAAAAAAACAGAUUCUCACCUUGCCCACGUGUGCUCCAGCAGAGGGUCGUGUGUCCGCCUGACUGAACCCCGUCUCUUUUCAAACUCACCUGACCCGUUGUUAAUAUCCUCGGCUGGCCUGCGGUGAUGAUUGUGCCCGGCCCGGGCCCUUAGAGCUGUCACUGGGCGUGUGAGAUGGAUCGUUUGUGGUCGACAGGGGGAAACCCUAGACAUGGCCAGGUGUGCGGAGAAAACACGUGGUCCCCUCGGGCAUCGGGGUGUGCGGUAAAGCGUGUGUUUUGCUAUUUGGAGAGGGUCUCACAAAUCCCCCAGCCUCAAGGGAGGCAGUGAGUGAUGAACCGACUAGAAAGUGCGCAUGCAUGCGGUAGUGUAGCAGACAGCGCACUGCAUGACGAACCCGGCGGCCCAAGUUCGAUUCCUGUUCACGGCUAAUGCCGGUGACGAAUAUCUGAACGGGUCCUGUGCCCUCCCCUAGGUUGACUCGGCCUCAAAUGUGUACCUGGUGCACUGUGUAAACACCGCCACUAGAGAUACAAAGGCGGCCGUGCAUAGUACGUGCAUGUUCUUGCAUUAGUUAUUGGAAAGUAAUGGCGUAGUGGUUAGCGCACUGCGCUACGAACCUGGCCACUUGGGUUUGAUUCCCGCUCAAGACCAAUAACAGUGGUGGAUAUUUAAACCAGUUCUGGGCCUCCUCUAGAUAUAAUCAGUCUUGGAUGAGUACUGUAACUUGUGAGAAUCUACGCGAGUACGUUCGUCACUAACACUGCCUUAACAGGAGAAAUGUGUGGUGUUUCGGACAAUUUUCUCUUAAUAGUGCAUCAAAAGAAGGGCCAUUGCCUGAAACGUCGUCUAUUAUAUAUCUUUCCCUUUUAAAGGCAGUUUUAUUGACGAACGUGUAUUGUUUUUUUGUAUUUGUGCACCAUUGCCAACGCAGUGCUGUAUCACCAAAUAAUGCGUAUCUGCAUAUACGUGGACGUGCCAGCAGGUGGCGCUCGGCACAAACGAUAUUAUUUUAAAGGUUGGCAUCGCACUGGAAUUAAAUUCAGUGUUUGAAUUCA